AUGGCAAUUUACGCUGAUCACCCUUACGCUCUUAUAUCCACUCCAGCGUACCAAACCGCUCGAAAUGAGAAAGAUGCUCCGAAGCCCGACAUGUUUACCCGCAUCGCGUCCGAAAUGGCGCUCAUCCACAACAUGGUGAUCCGCGGUCUGAACUCGAUAUACCUACAAGCGCCCUUCGUCUCACCCUCCGAUUCCAAAGCCUUCCUGCGGUACACACUCGCUUGGUACAGUCUGCUGCACGUCCACCACUCUGGAGAAGAAGCCGACUUCUUCCCGGCCGUCGAGGAGAUGACGGGCCAGAAGGGUCUAAUGGACUGCAACGUCUCGCAGCACAGAGAGUUCCAUGACGGGCUGGGAGCCUUCAAAACCUACGUUGACGCUUGCCUCGGCGGGAAGGAGAAGUUUGACGGCCCGAAGUUGGUCGCGUUGAUUGACGGGUUCGGAGAGGCGCUGACCAAACACCUUGGAGACGAGAUCCCCAGCAUCCUGGGGCUCAAGGAUUUCGGCAUCGACAAGAUGGCGCCGCUGGAGCAGAAGUUCGCAGAAGAAGGCGGGAAGAGCAUGAAAGCAUUGGGCUUGGUCAAGGGCCUACCCUUUUGCUUCUCCAACCACGACAUCGCCUUCGAGGGUGGCCACUGGAAAAACUGGCCCCCGGCACCACCGGCCAUCAAGCUUCUCUGCCACCACAUCACCUACUGGUUCCACACGAACUGGUGGAAGUUUGCAGCAUGCGAUCGAAUGGGCAACUUGAAGCCCCUUUACGCGGUCCCUAGCGAGGCAGCUUCCAGCUAUUAA